AUGGAACAAUCUACAUCAUCCAAUACAUCUCUCACAGUCUUUGUUAAAACACAAGCUUAUUCUUCAAUGAUGUGUCAUACAUUCAAAAAUCCUCUCACUUCUGUCGUUGGAGUUUUGCUAGGACAAAUUGAAGAAACAAAAGCAAUUUGUUUUUUAAGUUUCUCUUUACUUCAUUCCCAAACUAUAAACACCCCGUUAUUAGGGUUGGGAUUUUCUGCUGCUGAAAAAAUAGGACGCCAAAAUAACCUAACCAUUAUCGGAAUGUAUUUCAGUAAUGAAGAUAAUUCCCUGCGUUUACUGCCUUGGCAAAACACAAUUAUAUCUCAACUUGUAUUUAAAGGUAUUAAAAAUCCAAUCAUUUUAAUGGUUGAUACUCAAAAUUUACAUUCAUUAAAAUCUUGCUUAUUCAUGGUAAAAAAUUCAACAACAACCAGUGUCGACAUAGAAAAAGGAGCGUGUCAAAAGGUUUCUGAUCAAAUAUCUCAUGGAGAACACCUAACAACGUAUGACUUAUACGACCACGUACACAAUAUUACCUCUAUUCCUGGGUGAUAUAGUCUGUUUCCAUCAAGUCGUUAAUCGAACUAUUUUUUUUCUUCUUCUACAUUUGUUUCGCAAAAAUUAAC